CAUCAUUCCUCUCUCUUCUUACUCUGUCUAAUUGUCUUAUGCUCUUUUUUCUCCUUUUCUCUAUUAUUUUUUUUCUUUCUUUCACACCCGGAAGAAAGUCAGCGCCGUCCUGCCUUCUCUGCCUGCGUUUCCUUUCAGCCCAAUUUGCUUAAGAAAACGCUGAGUUGAGAUUAGGUGUUUGAAAGUUUCUAGCUUCAUUUGGGCUGCUGAAAAAAUGGCUGAGGACUGGGAUCUUUAUGCAGUGGUCAGGAGUUGUACGUCUGCAGCCGCCAAUACCACCACCACAGCAAGCAAUAAUGAGAAUAGUAGCAGCUGGAAUGAGAACCCUUACCCUUUGGCUUGCUUGGCUUCUUUGACGUUCGAGGAAGAAGAAGACCCGUUUUCAUUUCCUAAUCUUUCACAGGUUAGGAAAAGUGUUUCUUUGCAAGAUUCUUACAAGCCCUUUUUGCCAUACGCCUACCCCACCACCAUCAGCACUAAUCUAGGUAUAGAUCCCAGCUCUUCAAGUUCUGUUCCUGGAGGAUCUAGUGGCCAACAUCAUCAGCAGGAACAACCCACCAGCAGCAGCAUCGGGAUUAGCUCUCCAUUGACUCUCACCUCCGCUCCUAUUUUUGCUUUUGGUCAAUCUGGAAACCAGCAACAACCACACCAUGUACAGGAACAACCACAAUCGCAGCAACAAAUUAAUCCAUUACACCGACAGCAGCAGCUGCAACAACGGAUUCAACCGCAGCAAGUUCAAAGGCCUACUGCUGUCCUUCCUUUACGGAACCUGCAAUCCUUGGCUCCAAGAUCAAGAAAGAGGAAGAACCAGCAGAAGAGAACCGUAUGCCAUGUAACAGCAGAUAAUUUGUCAUCAGAUCCGUGGGCAUGGCGUAAAUACGGACAGAAGCCCAUCAAAGGCUCUCCCUAUCCAAGAAACUACUACAGGUGCAGCAGCUCAAAAGGGUGCUCAGCCAGAAAACAAGUGGAGCGUAGCAAUUUGGAUCCCAACAUCUUUAUUGUUAGCUACACAGGCGACCACACGCACCCUAGGCCCACUCACCGGAACUCUCUCGCUGGCAGUACUCGAAACAAGCUAUCAACCAAUCAAAAGGCCGCAAGCAAAGAUUCUGCCCCGGAAACCUUGCCUAGUACUACUGUUUCUUGCUCCUCUCCUCGCUCCGCCACAAGCCUCUCUCCCACAACCCCACUUUCAGCUCCUGAAGACGCCGCCGCCGACGUGCACAGUAGGGGUGAUAAUGGAGGUGAAGAAGAAAGCGUUGACAUGACUCUUGAAACGGCUCCGGAUGGAGAAAGCGAUGAAGAUGAUCUUCUGAUCCCCAACGUGCAUGUAGAUGAAGAUCUCUUCAAGGGAUUGGAAGAACUCGUUGGAAGUGAUGGGACCGGCAGUACUAGUAGUGGAUUAGGACGACCCAGCCCGGCCUUUGGUGAUAGCUUCUCUUCUUGGGGUACCGGUAACUCCACCGGAGCCACCGCUGGUGGUGGCUGCUAGACUGAUUUCAUUUUUAUUGUUGUUAUUAUUAGUAUUAUUUUUUUGUAUACUACGUAGUAUA